GUUGAGGAGGAAGAGAUCCAGGGUGUGGUGAGAUAUAAAGCAUCCUUUACACCCUCAUCUUCAUCACUCCUGAAAGAGCGACUGUCAUCCUUCGAUCUGCUAAAACCUCAGCCUUGCCAUCAUCAUCAUGACUGACAUCCAGAAGGCCAUGGCCCUCCUCAUCACCUCCUUUACCAAAUAUGCAAGCAAGGAGGGAGACAAGGAAACCCUGAACAAGGAGGAGCUGAAGGAGCUUCUGCAGAAUGAAUUCGGAGAUCUGCUGUGUAAAGCCGAUGACAAGGCAGCGAUAGACCGCAUCUUCAAGGAUCUGGACACCAACAAGAGCAACAGUGUGGAUUUCAGUGAGUUUGUCAGCCUGAUCUGCUGCCUCACUCAGAUGUGCCACGAUUACUUCACCAGCAAGAAAUAAGAAUCCCAGCGCCACCUAGAGGCUGACUGAGAGAGAUGUGAAUUUGCAGAAAUUAUCUUGUCAUGCAAAAUUAAAUAAACCUCUUUUUUUCCAUCUGAA